UGACCAAACAGACAAACGCUCUUCUUACCAUCAUAUUCAUACCCUCUGUUCCCCUUCAUCUUUACCGUAUCUAAAAACGUCAAAAAUGUUACACUGUCACAUUUUCCGGCAACCAUUUACACUCUUCCUAACCAUUCUCCUCACCAUUUCCCCCACAACCCAACAACAACUCACCACCACCGAUCUCAAUGCACUCCACCAACUCAUGUACUCACUCACCGACGUCAAAACCGGCGGUUUUUUCUCCUCCUGGGACUUCUCCUCGCCGGAAAAUGCCUGUUCUUCAUUCGCCGGAGUUACUUGCGCCAAUGUUAAUAAUAACUUACGAGUUGUGUCUCUGUAUCUCGGUACCGGACUCUCCGACUCACCAGGACUCGCCGGAACGAUUUCCGACACUGGGUUAUACGAGCUCACUGAGUUGACUCAGCUUGUUUUGUUUCCCGGAAUUGUUACCGGAUUUAUCCCGUCGGAAAUCGGUCACCGCCUUAAAAACCUCCGUGUGAUAUCACUCACUAACAACAGACUCACCGGAGCUAUCCCGGAGUCAAUAUCGGAGCUUCAAAACCUUCACACUUUAGAUCUGAGUCAUAACAAACUCACCGGAAAAAUUCCGGCAAUGCUGACGUCAGCGUUACCGGAACUAAGAGUACUGGUUCUAUCCGACAACGAGCUUACCGGAGAAAUCCCAGAAUUUUCCGACGAGUCGGAGCUCAUGCACUUGGAUUUGAGAAACAAUAUGUUGACCGGAACAUUGCCGGAGAAGAUUCCGGCGACACUUCGUUAUUUGUCGUUAUCGAGUAACGGUCUGUGGGGCCCAGUGAACUGGGUGACGUCAGCGUAUUUAGUGUAUCUUGAUUUAAGCAUGAACAAAUUCAGUGGGCCAAUAAAGGACACAUUACUAAGAUCCUGCACCUCAUCAAUGUACCUCCAACGGAACAAUUUCUCCGGCGAGCUACCGUUGCAACUACCGUUAUCAUUUUCCGGUUACGGUGCCGGAUCCACCGUUGAUCUCAGCCACAACUACCUCACCGGAAACAUACCAAACUAUUUAAACAGCGUUGAAACGUUGUUUUUAAAUAAUAAUCAUUUUAUUGGAAAGGUGCCGGAGAGUUACGUCAGCAAUGUGUUUGAUGGGAUGAUGAGGACGUUGUAUUUGCAGCAUAAUUAUUUAACGGCGUUUCCGAUGGGGGACGGUGAGGGAACGGCGUUGCCGGAUGGUGUGGCAUUGUGUUUGAGUUAUAAUUGUAUGGUCCCACCGGCCGUGGGGCUAACGGCGUGCCCGGUUAGUGCAGGUGGACCGGUAACGAGACCGUUAAGACAGUGUGAUUUGUUUAAGAGUGGGGAUACGAUAGGGUAGUAUUAUGAUUAUGUGUUGGUGUUUGUUUAUACAUAACAUACAUAUAUAGUGUAUAAUUUUAUUUCUUUUGAUACGUGUUUGGUUAUUGUUAUUGUUUAGGCUUUGGUUUUUUAUUGUUAUAUUAAUUAAGAAGUGUGUUUUGUUA